AUGUUCUCCCUCAAAAUAUUAUUGUCUAGAUGGGAAAUCCUCAGCUGGGGAAAUCCUCAGCUGCAGAAUUCUGGUUGCCAUGAGAGAUAUCAUUUCACUGAAUUUCUCCUCCUAGGAAUGACAGACAUCCAAGUACUGCAGCCUGUUCUCUUUGUGGUUUUCCUUGCAAUUUACAUUGUCAAUGUGACUGGGAAUGGAGUCAUCAUGAUGGUUGUCCUCUCUGAUUCAAGACUCCAUUCUCCUAUGUAUUUUUUCCUGGGAAACCUGUCAUGUCUAAAUAUCUGCUACUCCACAGUGACUCUGCCAAAGAUGCUGGAGAACUUCCUCUCUACCCACAAAGCAAUUUCUUUCUUGGGAUGCAUAAGCCAGCUUCAUUUCUUCCACUUCGUAGGCAGCAUAGAGGCCAUGUUGUUGGCCGUGAUGGGCUUUGACCGCUUUGUGGCUAUCUGCAAACCACUUCGUUAUACUCUUAUCAUGAAUCAUCAGGUCUGUACCCAGAUUGCUGUCACUAUCUGGAUCACUGGGUUUUCCCAUUCUCUACUGCACUCAGUAAUGACCUCUCACUCAAACUUCUGUGGUUCCAACUGCAUUCAUCAUUUCUUCUGUGAUGUUAAGCCAUUGCUGGAGUUGGCCUGUGGAAACACUGACCUCAAUGAAUGGCUACUUCAUUCUGUGACAGGGACCAUUGCCAUAAGCCCAUUCUCUCUAACCCUUCUCUCCUAUUUCUUUUUUUUAUACCAUUUACUUUUCAGGAGUGUCAACCAAAUAAUCCUUCUUAACUGUGAAUUUGAAUACUCAACCAGAUUAUGA